UGACGGGCGCGCCCGCCGCGGUUGCCUUCCCUCCCCAAGAUGGCGGCGGCCACCGGCGGCGAGGCGGUUUGUGGCGACGGCCCGGCGAGCGCCACCGGCGGCGGCGGGGCCAAGAGGCCGCACCUGGGCAUCCCUGAGGCCGUGUUCGUCGAAGAUGUAGAUUCUUUCAUGAAACAGCCAGGAAAUGAGACCGCAGAUGUAGUGCUCAAGAAGCUGGAUGAACAGUAUCAAAAAUAUAAAUUUAUGGAGCUUAAUCUUGCCCAGAAGAAAAGAAGGUUAAAAAAUCAAAUUCCUGAAAUUAAGCAGACAUUAGAGAUCUUAAAACACAUGCAAAAGAAGAAGGAAUCUACAAAUCUGAUGGAAACCAGAUUCUUACUGGCAGAUAAUCUCUACUGUAAAGCAUCAGUUCCUCCUACAGAUAAAGUUUGUCUCUGGUUAGGGGCCAAUGUUAUGCUGGAAUAUGAUAUUGAUGAAGCCCAGGCGCUGCUAGAAAAAAAUCUUACCACGGCUACAAGAAACCUUGAGUCUCUAGAAGAAGAUCUGGAUUUCCUUAGAGAUCAGUUUACGACUACAGAAGUCAAUAUGGCCAGAGUUUAUAACUGGGAUGUAAAGCGAAGAAACAAGGAUGACCCUUCCAAGAACACAGCAUAGUUCUACUAGUUUUAAAUGCGGUUUUGAUUUUUGAAGCGUUUUCUUAUUUUUAAACCACCCUCCGGUUCAGCCUUUGAUGGACUGAGUUUAAUUUAAUUUCUUUGGUUGUUAAUGUAAUGGUCAGCAUCUCCCCCCUCUCUCUCUCUCUCUCUCUUUUUUUAAAGGCAAAUCUUACUUGGUCCCAUGCAUGCUUCAUGCGAUUGGCUUGUUGGAAAAGGAGCCACAACAGUAUGUAGUGAAGAAGCCCCUCUUCAGAGUCUGUGGGAUUGGCGCCAAGGGUAUUAGAGCAGGUCACUUUGUAAAGCAGUGCUCUUUGGUGCAUAGGAUCAAUUAGAGAGGUCCGCAGUGUAUAGUGUGGGGAAAGAUGUACUGCUGAUGUGAUAGAGCAGCGUUUCUCAACCUUGGCAAGUUUAAGACGCGUGGACUUCAACUCCCAGAAUUCCCCAGCCAGCAUGGCUGGCUGGGGAAUUCUGGGAGUUGAAGUCCACACGUCGUAAACUUGCCAAGGUUGAGAAACGCUGUGACAGAGUGUCAGGGAAUCUAAUACAUCAUUGUGUCUUUGGCAACUGACCCCUUUAAUCUUGCCCUCCACACGUUCUCUGUUUAACUCUCUUCUGAAGAAUGGCUCAUCUUGGUACUUCAAAAGGUCAUAAUUGGCCUUUGAAGGGUUAAAUAAUAAAACGCUGCAUCCUGUUUGUGGUCUUAGUCAGUUCUGUGUAUACCUAAAUAUCAGUUCAUCCCGAUUUUUCAAACUGGGGGCAGCCAGAAGCUAAUACUUCGCCACCUUUGACUGGCAUGCUGGCCAUUCCUUCUUUUUGGUCCAGAUGUCUUAACGCUUGCAAAGACACUUGCUGCAACCUCUGUGAAACAUGAAUGGUGCACUGCACCUCAGCUUCAUUUGUUGUCAAGUUGAAUGUUAUUCCCUUGUUGCUUAUUAAGCCUUGCAAAAGUGUUGCCUUGACACCUUCCUUUCUUCAAAGCACACCUGAUGGCCGAAUUAGCAGCCUAGCUAGCUGCUCAGGUUUCACCUCACCAUUCAGUACAGAUGCUCACUGGCUUCUAGUUUUGUGUAAUAAACAAUAUCUGUAAAGUUUUGUACUAUUAUUUCAUUAUAUUAAAACAGUGAAACUUAAAA